AUGUGCCCUAAACUAGCUUGUUCUUCUCAGGAAUGGCUGUUCCAUUGCAAAGGCUAACAUAAAAGUCAAUGGCAAAUCAGGCCGGUUUCUGACCAUAGUAUUGGUGGUUUCUGACUGAGGUAUUGAUGGUUAUAUUUCACCUCAGGCAGCAAAAUACCUGGUAUUAGGCUCCCAGAGUGCUAUGAAGCUGAGGUCACAGAUGAGUCUCUUGUGAGCUCAAAGGUUCUAUCCCAGACUCCUCAGGUGCUGACUCAACUCCUUGUCUCAAUGGAGCCUGUGGAUUGUUCUGUCCCAUCUCACCUUCCAUAUGAAGCCGCUUUAUGACUUCCCAGACUCCUCCUGCCAUAGAGAGGAAGGAUGGAUCUUCUCCUUGGGCUCUGUACCCUCUUCCAGCUAUUUCUGUCCUCCUCCAGCAUCUGUGGCUUUCGACAACAGAGGCCCAACUUGGACAGGCUCCCAGAAGAGAGUGAAGAACCAGAGGCUCCAUGGAUAGUGAACAUUUUUGGUAAUGGGAAUCGCUGCCAAGGAGUUGUCCUGAGCAGCUGGUGGGUCCUGACAGCAGCCAACUGCUUCCUGUCGAUGAUGCCAAGUCAUGUAGAGUUGACUGGGGCAAGUGGGCGGACUGCCACUGAGACGGUGAGCCAGUUUGUCCCACACAAGGGCUUCAGUUCCUGGGAUGAACAACCUAAUAAUGACUUGGGACUCGUUUUGCUUGGCCAACCACUUGAUCUAGCAAGGGAAGAUGUGUGGCCAGCUUGUAUCCCCAGUGACGACACAGCUUCCAAUACACGGGAAGAAUGUAAGAUAUUUGAACGAAAUGAGAAAGGAUCCAUACAGGAAACUAAAGUGAAUGGUUUGGAGACAUCGGAAUGUGCUAUUAUUUGGCCUGACACAAAAAAAGAAUUGAAUUUGUGUGUUGCAAGAAAUAUGUCAAAUGGCACAUAUUGCACGGUGCCUGUUGGCAGUCCUGUGGUCUGUCAUAACCCAGGCAAUGGGAAAUGGGAAGCCAUGGCCAUCGUGACCCAGAGCUUGCUGAACUGCACAGCUCCUAUCCUGGCCGCCCAGCUUCUAACUCAUCUACAGUGGUUGAGGACAGAAGGAGCAGCAGAGGACACUGAGGAACCGUCUCCUGUACCAGAACAAACAUUGACAUCAUCAUAUUUCACAUCUGAACCAAUUCUGCAAGCAUUAAUAGUUCAGCACAUCACUGAGGAACCUUCAACGCCAGCAAAGCCUCUUUCCACAGCCAAUAAUGUAAUUCUUAUAGCACACUCCACAGCCCAGAAAUUACCAUAUGAAACACCAAUAAAAAUGCAGUAUGUUCCCCAAACUACAAAUCCACUUACAGCUACUAGCCAGUCAUAUACAACAGCCAAAGAAACAUCUGCAGUUCCCUCCACAACAAAUCAGCAAACAUUAGCAGCAGCACAACAAUCAUUUGUAACAUCCACGGCAGCACAACAGUCAUCUGUAACAUCCACGGCAGCAGAACAGCCAUCUACAACACAACAAUCAACAUCAAUAGUCUCUUCUACACCCAAACAAGCAACUGUAAAAACCCCAACCUUCAAACCACCACAUGUAAUAAUAAUACCUGCUACCACACCAAGGACAACAUCCCCCCUGCCAACAACUGAUGUUAAUCGAGGUGCACCUGUUAGCUUUGUUGUUGCGGGUUCCCGGUCCCCCAGGAAAAAGAGAGAAGAAAGCCAACCCACCGAUCCUGCACUGGCGUUAAGUAUCCCACCCGUAAUUCUCCAUUUGGGACUCCCGGUCCAGGUGAAGCUAAAGCAGUGUGAGAUUGGACUGGCAUGGAAUAGCGACUCUCAUACCUAUCAACUCAGCAAGAUGGCAAUUCUGAUAGAUCGCAAAGUCGGGUGUGGGCUGCGGCCUGGAUUUGUGCCACAGUGUCCGAGCUGCUCUGAGGCUGAAAUGGGUGAAUUUCCCUGGAUUGUUUCUCUCAGACUAUCCAUCCAACACUUUUGUGCUGGCUCCAUUCUCAACCGUUGGUGGAUUUUAACCACAGCCAACUGUGCCAAUCUUAUAAAGAAUUCGGAGGCUUUGGCGCUGGUAGGGGUUGGAUUGAUAGAUGUCACUAAGCCAACGCACUCAGUUCAGAUCCGCCAGGCUCUAACACAUCCCAAGUCGUUGGAACAGGGAGAUCUUCACAACCUGGGACUUUUGGAACUGGAGAAACCACUGGAUUUUGGGCCUCUUGUUUCACCUAUUUGUAUCUCAGGAAAGGCAGACAUGAUGGGUGAUUUCAGAGACUGUUGGCUGCCAGGCUGGACCGUGCUAGAGGGAGGCCCUACUGUACUAUUGAAAUAUCACAUAGACAUCUUGAACAUCAGCAGCUGCAACCAACUGGAAGACAAACUCUCCAGUGCCAUCUUCUGUGUCAAAGUCCAGAUGGGCGAAGAAGGGAUUUGCAAGGGUGAUGUGGGGUCUCCACUGAUCUGCCCUGACCCCAAGGGUGGGGCAUGGCUUCAGCUGGGGGUGUUAAGCAGCUUUGAUGAAGCCUGUUCCCGUCCCUAUGUCUUCAGCAGCCUGUCUCACUACUUGCCCUGGUUGGAGAAGAUCACAAAGAUUGAAGGGCAUCGGUACAACCUUUCAGUUCCUUGGGAACGGCUUGGCCCAGCUAGGAACCUUAGGCUGCUGCGGGAACCAGAGACUUUGGUUGGAUGGAUCUCAGCACACUCAUCUUUGCCCUGGCAAGCGCUCGUUGCCACCUGUGCGAAUGUGACCUGCGGGGGCUCCAUCCUGAGCCGCUACUGGGUGCUGACUACAGCACAGUGCAUGAGAGAAGCGGAUCCAGAAGGUACUGCUGUUUUUGUGGGGUUGAUGCACCCCAAAGGCCACAUCAAGGGGGUCAGUGUGGCUGGGAUUUACAUCUCUAAUAACUCCAGUGUAGCUCUACUGCUUCUCCAGAGACCUAUCACCUUUAACAAGUACAUCACUCGUAUGGCUUCCUCCCCGACAGCAUCUUGGGAUAGCUGUAAAGUGAUGGGCCUGCAGAUACUACAAUCUGGUGAGAUUCAGGCUAACCCCAGUGCAUACCAAGUAAAAGUGCUACUACCUUCAGAUUGUGCCAAGGAAUAUCCUGGGGUCGAACCAGCCAUGUUUUGUAUCGUAAAUGAUAACUCUAGCUACCUGCCUGCUGAAGCUGUAGGUGAAGGUGCAGCCCUGCUGUGUCGUUUGGAAUCAAAAAGCACAAGUUGGAGGCAGGUUGGCUUUGUGAGUGCACCCCUUCCAGGAUACCAGGCGGUUAUUCUGUCCUCUUGCAUUUCCUCCUAUGCUGACUGGAUAGAAGAAACAUCAAAAAGAGCCAAGCACCUAGUACAUCUGUCCCAUGGAAGUGGACCCUGUAGGCCAAAUGUUUGGCUCCUCCUCCUAAUUCUGUCCUUAUUGGAAGGAACAGAGUUGGGUUGAAUGAAGGAACGAGAUGGCAAUUCCACACUUGGAACCUUCUUUGCGGAAUGCUCUUCCAACACAUUCCUUUGAGUGUGCCCUCAAAGAGAUUGGAUGAAGGGCUCGCUCAGCAUCAAUGGUGGUUUGAGUGCAUCGAUUUUUAUUUCUGCAUGUGGCCACAUUCUCAUCUGCGAAGGUACUACAGGGCUCCUUCACAGGAAACUGCCAAGCAAAAGGCAGCCCUGACUGCCCCCAGCACUAGUCCACUGGGAUUCAGCCAAGAUGAGCUUUUCUAUGCAAUGUCAUCAAUCCUAAGGAUCGUGAGGUGGUCUAUCAUGAAGACUGGGGGCUGCUGUGGGUUUUUAUAUCAACAGUUGCUUCAAUGAAUGAACUAAAUACAAUUAUGUCAAAUGAGAUGAAGACUGACAGAGGAGAUAAAGCUCAACCCCGAGGAAGAAGAAAUGAAUGAAUUAAUGAAUGAAUAAAUAAAUAAACCAUGGCUGAAGUUCUAGAGAAUUUUCCAUCCAUUUGCUGAAGACUUUGGAUAUAGUUGUGUUCUGUGGCCAGGUUCUCCCAUUACAACUCCCAAGCAUCUGGGUUGUGUGUAGAACACGCAUGUGCAGCUGGUUCCCAAUAUAUAAACAUGCAAGAUAACUUCAAACUAUGAACAAAUACUUAUUUUUUGGGAAAACUGAAUUCUCUCAAAGAGGGCCCAAGGUUGGGAUUUGAGAUCCCAUGGAAUUAGCUAUAAAGGGAAGGGAAGUUUGGGAAUGAAAACAAGUUGGGGUGGUGGGGAGGAUUGCUUCCAUGAUCUCUGGAUCUGUUGGUAGUCUGUUGCAGGUCAGAUUUGCUCAGUCAGUUGGGGACUCGUUCUUCCAAGCAGUUGAGACCAUCUCUUUUUCUCAUUCCUGAAAACACGGUUGAAAGUGUGGCUGGUGGUUAGAGAAAAUAAGUCUUCCCAUUUUACUCCACGUCGGUUUUAGAACAAAGGAAACGCAGGUGCAGAGACAUGCUGCAGACGGAAGGGCAAAGGAAUACCUGGCAUUCCACAGUCAGGGCCUCCGGGGCUGGAAGUUACUGUCUGUGAUUUACCUUCUUUCUGAACGGUGCCAUGUAAUUUUAGGUUCCUUCCUCUGUACCCCGCCAACUUCCAGCUUAUAGUCUUGAGUUUCAAGGCUUUGUUUUGCACACACAUUUGUCUCAUUUUUUGAUUGUGGCUUUGUUCAGGAAACCCAAACAUAUACCAGGUUUGGAGAGGAAGAGAUGGGAAAUGGUGCCCUCACACAUCAGGGUUACUUUGUGUGGCAACAGAACCUAACCGUUGAGAUUGUGAAAAUCCUGGCCCCAUCAGGGCAAGGGCCAAGUGAUGCCUCUAUGUGAUUCAAGUGGCGUUGUAAAUAAAAGGAAAAAAUUGGUGCUUCCUGACAUAUAGUUUGUUGUGCAAUCAUACUACCUCAUGAUUUUAUAGGAAAUAAACAAUUUGAAGUUCUCUGAA